AUGAAGUUAGAUUGGGUUCUUCCAGACAGACAUGUGUUCCCCUCCAUUGUGGCUACCAGUGCCAUCUCAAUGUGGACAUACCAAGCAUUCAUGGUAAAGAGGGCUCGUGAUAAGGCAAACGUCAAGGCACCAAAUGUUAAUGGAGAUGAGGAGUUUGAGAAGGUCUUGGUCAGCUACCAACAUACCACAGAGGGUCUUCCAAGUGUGUUGGCCUCUUCAUUCCUGUGUUCCUACUUCCUUUGUCCAAAGGCAUCUCUUGGACUUGGUCUUGGAUGGGUACUCUCUAGACUGGUCUUCUCCUGCAACUACUGUUGCAACAAAGAGAAGGAUUGUAGUUGGAUGAAAUGUAUCCAUUUGGCAUUGUCCCAUGGAUGCCACAUUGGAUUGCUACUGGGUAGCAUCUUUGGUAUUGCAGUUUCUCUGUCCAACAGACACCUUUUGAUCAAGGGAGCUUAA